AAACCUAUUGAUCGAAAAAUGUUUACAAGAAGAAGUCUAUUUCGCAAAUUGGACAGUUGUAUACUUACAAAGAUAAGAAGAAGCAGUAAAAAUGUUUGCGACCCAUGUGAAGCUACUCCACCACCACCGUGCCCUCCGUGUCCGCCGUGCCCGCCGCGGAGCCCGCCGCCCGUUCCUCCCUUCUUUUGCUAUCCACGAACCGUUUACGAUGUCAAAUUCAUAUACGUAAACGAUCAAAUACCCACCACCACUUUAAGGGAUUUUGUGGACCGAGCAUCCCAAAUUUGCUUUUUUACGGAACUGUUCAGAGGUUUUGCUGUCACCUUGGGGCACAUAUUUAAAGAACCGGCCACGAUAAAUUACCCUUUCGAGAAGGGUCCGCUGUCCCCCCGGUUCAGAGGUGAGCAUGCAUUACGGAGAUAUCCAAGUGGGGAAGAGCGAUGCAUAGCGUGUAAGCUGUGCGAGGCCGUUUGUCCGGCGCUGGCUAUUACGAUAGACGCGGAGGAGCGCGCCGACGGCUCGCGCCGCGCCACCCGCUACGACAUCGACUUGACCAAGUGCAUCUUCUGUGGGUACUGCCAGGAGGCCUGCCCGGUCGACGCUAUCGUAGAAGGACCCAACUUUGAAUACAGCAAAGAAACUCACGAAGAAUUGCUCUAUAACAAAGAGAUUUUGCUGACCAAUGGCGAUCGAUGGGAGGUGGAAAUUGCUAGCAAUGUCAGAGACAGUCAUUUGUACCGCUAAAACAAAUACUAUUUAGCAGGCAACUGAUGAAAAUUAACUAUCGUAUUAUUUUACAAUAUUCUUUUACGCCUACUUAUUGGCUAUAAUGGCAUGUUAUUUAUUUGCACCUGAAUUAUAAUUGAAUUAUUUCCA